AUGGCGGACACUGUGAGGUACUUGAUGGAGCAGAUGGUGCCAGAGUUGGAGGACAUGCAAAAGAAAAGCUAUUUCAGCAAACAGGAGAUCAAGGAAAUAGUGCGGAAAAGGCAAGAGUUUGAAUACAAACUCAAGCGCAAGUCUGCGCUGAAGGAAGAUUUUCUCAGCUACGCGGAAUACGAGACCAAGCUGGAGCAGCUGCGCCGCGCCCGCCGCCGCGGCCUGGGCCUGGAGCAGGCCAAGCAGUCGCUCGCGGACUACGCUCUGGUGAAGCGCGUCCACUUCAUCUUUGAGCGCGCAGUCCGCAAGUUCAAGCGCGACCUGGGCGUCUGGACCCGCUGGCUUGAGUUCUGCCGCGCGACGCGCAGCAACCGCCGCCUGUCGCGCGUGGCGGCGCGCGCGCUGCAGCUGCACCCCAACGCACCGGGGCUGUGGACGUACGCGGCGGCCUGGGAGUUUGAGGAGAACGCCAACCCGGGGGCGGCGCGCGCGCUGAUGCAGCAGGGGCUGCGGAUGUGCAGGGACAGCCGUCAGAUGUGGCUGCAGUACCUCGAUAUGGAGCUGAUGUACGUCCAGAAGCUGCGCACACGGCGCAAAGCUCUGGGCCUAGAUGUGCCGGAGGACGAGCCGACAAGUCAGCAACAGCAGGUGGCGGCGCAGCAGCAAGAGGGGCAGCAGCAGCAGCAGCAGCAGCAGCAGCAGCAAGAGGGGCAGCAGCAGCAGCAGCAGGCGGAGGAUGGUGAGGGGCCGAUGGAUGAGGACGGCAAGGGCGGCGAGGGCGCUGGCGCUGGCUCUGGCAGCAUUCUCGCCAGCCUCAAGGGUGGCGAAGGGCAACAGCAGGAGGCGGCCGGUGGCGGUGCCGGCCCGGAUGCGGCGGUGGCGGCGGUGCUGACAGGCGCGGUGGCGCGCGUGGUGGCGCGCAGCGCGGCGGCGGCGAUGCCGCGCGACUUGGCGCUGCGGCGGGGGCUGCUGGAGACGGUCGGGCGCUACAGCUUCCCUGGGACGCGGGCGCUGGCUGAGGACAUUGCGCGCAGCGUGGAGGCUGACUUCCCCCAGGAGCCCGAGGCCGUCGACCUGUUGGCCAGGUUUGGCUGCGACCCGUCGGACCCGGCCGCCAGCGAGGACGCGAUCGCGGCUGCGGCGCGGCGCUUCGAGGCCGCCAUUGCCGGGUGCGCUGCCACGGCCGCCGCUGCCGCCGGCAGCGCGGAUGCGGGGUCCGCAGGGGCGGGGGAAGACAAGCGCAGGCUGCGGGAGGAGCAGGAGCGGGCGGCGCGGCUGCAGCGGCAUUGGGAGCUGUACGCAGCGUUCCUGCGACAGCGGCUGGACGCGGCCCUGCCGGGGCCGGGCGGCGAGGAGGCGCGCGUGCUGGCGGCGGCGGGCGCCGCGCAGCAGCUGCUGGAGGUCCUGCGGCGCGCGCACGAGGGCGGGGCCGCGGGGGAGGAGCUGUACGAUGCGUGGUCCCAGGUGGCGAUGCAGCUGCAGCAGAAGAAGAUGGCCCUCAAGGCCGCCAAGCUCGCGUGCGGCGCUUUCCCCUCCAGUCCGACUGUUUGGAAGCGGCGCGUGGCGCUCGAGGCGCGCCUGCGGGGCGGCAGCACGGCAGCCGCAGGGCAGCUGCUCGCCGUCAUCCGGGAAGCACUCCAACACGUGCCAGCCGACAAGGCGCCGGAAAUGUGGCUGCAGGCCCUCGAUGUUUGCAAGCAGCCGGCAGAGCUUGCCGAGCUUGCGGCAAUCAUGGUCGCUGCGCAGACCGGCGCGCCCAAGGGCCCGGCGUCCGGCGGCAUGGGCGACGCGGCUGGCCGCCUGCUCGCCGCGUUGUGGGAGGCCUCUGGCGCGGCUGCGGCGCGGGAGCUGUUUGGACGGCUUGCGGCGCUGCCGCCGGCGGGGGGUGACAUGUACCGCCGCAUGCUGCAGUUGGAGGGGCAGGAGCUGGAGGCCUUGGGGCAGGAGCAGCAGCAGCAGCAGCAGCAGCAGCAGCAGCAGCGAGGAGGUGCCGGCGGCGCCUCGCGCAAGGCCGCGCGCAAAGAGGCGCUGCAGCGCGUGCGGCGCGUUUUGGAGGCAGCGGUGGAGGCGUACGGGGACUUCGAGCCAUCUUUCUGGCUGGCGUAUGCGCGGUUCGAGCACCGGCAUGGCAAGCAGGGGGCGGGGGCCAUCUACUGGCGCGCGGUCAAGGCACUGCGCGAUGCCGACGCGUUUGUGCAGGAGUACCGAAGCAGUGUAUGCAGCGAAGAUGUGCAGUGA